GGCCGUAACGGCCCGGUGCCGGCCUGCCGGCGGUCCCGGCACGUCCAGCUGUGCGCCCGCAGGGCCGGUGCUCCUCGGUGCCUGGGUGCUCGUCCCGCUGCGCCCUGCCUGCCCCUGGCUGACCGAGCUGCCCCCUGCGCUGCUCCCCUGGCCCACACGAGAAGAGUGCCUAAUCCCCAGCACAGACCAGCAAUGCCGUCCCUUGUGGAGAGCUCGGAAGGGGAGACGAAGGGGAAAGCUUACGCUAUGAGGAAAUGGAAGAUGACAACGUCAGCCCCACCGACCUUUCAGAGCUGCUGAAGGAUGGGACUAAGGAAUCCCACGACCGUGCGGAGAACACUCAGUUUGUCAAAGACUUCCUGAAAGGACGGAUCAAGAAGGAGCUCUUCAAGCUGGCUACUGUGGCACUUUACUUCACAUACUCUGCUCUGGAAGAGGAAAUGGAUCGCAAUAAGGACAACCCAGUCUUUGCUCCUCUGUAUUUCCCUCUAGAGCUUCACCGGAAAGAAGCAUUGAUCAAAGACGUGAAAUAUUUCUAUGGAGAAGACUGGAAAGAGAAGAUACGGUGCUCAGAGGCAACACAGCACUAUGUGGACAGAAUCCACCAUGUGGGGCAGCAUGAGCCUGAGCUGCUAGUGGCUCAUGCUUACACACGCUACAUGGGGGACCUCUCAGGUGGCCAGGUGCUGAAGAAGGUAGCCCAGAGGGCCCUGAAGUUGCCCAGUACUGAUGAAGGGAUCCAAUUCUACGUGUUUGAAAACAUUUCCAAUGCGCAGCAGUUCAAGCAGUUGUACAGAGCGAGGCUGAAUGCACUAGACUUGGACAAGAGCUGUAAGGAACGGAUCGUGGAAGAGGCCAACAGAGCCUUCAGAUUUAACAUGCAGGUAUUUGAUGAGCUGGACAAGAUCGGCAAGUCGCUGACGGAAGAAGCCCAAGAAGGAGGCCUUCCAGUCCACGAUGGAAAAGGAGACCUACGCAAAUGCCCUUACUAUGCAGACACACUAGCAGGCAAGGCAGCACCCGGCUGUCCCUACCACGCUGCCGUGGCCUUGGCAAAGCAGCCCCUGGUGCAGCUGAUCCUCGCGGCUUGCGUUGCUGUGGCAGCAGGAGCUGCAGCGUGGUACCUAAUGUGAUGCCAAGGCUGCCACCCGGCUCUUGGUGGUGGCAAGGCGCACCAUGUCCUUUUCCAAACUGUUCCCUUGCCAUUGGUGGAGUUGACUGCAGGGAAGUAAGGGGGGGGAAAUCUGGGAGACUGUCCAAGACUUUUUGCACACCAAUAAUGCAAGCACAGUAAUAUAAUGUCUUUAGCUAACUAGUGUACAGGACUGGUCUGGUGAGAAGAUGUGAGGAUUCCACUUCAGCGCUGCUCUGCUCAGGCUGGAGCAGCUUUUAAGGCUAGAGACGUCUUGUCCUGUAGUGACAAAGUCUGCACAUGCUUGGCUUUUCAUCUCUUUCCCUGGAGCAGUCUCUGGAGGGUGUUUCCUGCCCUGGGCUGCAACCCAAGAAUGUGUCAUCAGUCUUUUCAGUGAAGAGCACUCGGUUUUGUACCCUGAGAAACUGAUGUUUCAGUCAUGCUGCGGUGGUUGUGCCACGAGCCCGUUAGCUCAGAGGAAUGUCCUGCUUGUUGCAGUGUCCCAGGGACCAAGCAUAACUCAUGGGUGGAAGCUCCCUGGGUGAAGGGACAGGACCAAAUGUGUGGGCUGGGGGUAUGAAGGUGUCAGAUGUAUAUUGUGCAACAUCAAUUCUUUGCUGAAGCCUUGACUGGAAUAAAAACUUGCUAUGCUGUA